UUUGUGCCUCGCUCGGCGUGUCAUCAUCUUCUUACCGGAGGAGGAGAUGACAUCGCGGCGUCUCCCGCUCGCAGAGAAACUCGAAGAAGAAGAAGAAGAGGACGAAGAAGUCCUCCCGCGCACUUUAUUUCUUUGGCCGCACGCGCGCUCCUCGUCGGACGAGCGAACAAAAUGGUUGACCUUUAGAGCACUUUGUUAUUUUAUACUUUCCGACUUGUUGGAGGCUCUAUCAUUGACGAUGAUGAUCGUUCACAAUUGGACGUGAUGAAUCCAUCACAAGGUCACACAGGCGGAGAUGAAAUCACCGUCUUUCUUUUUUGACGGCGUGUAGUCUUUUCUAACGACACUAUUGUCUUUGGAUGGACGCAGCAUUCUUUCAAUGACUCUCCUUUUUUAUGUCAUUUUGACAAUUAAAAGACACGCGAGAGAAGACGGACAAAAGCAAAGACAAACCAACCGAGUGGAAGAAGAACUUUGUAGCUUUUUUUUUCCCACCCCCCAUGUCGUCUUUCCUCCAUUGAGGAGUCUGCUUGACGACACGCACGAGGAACAUCUCAGGUGGACUUCAACGGAUCUCUAUCUCUUUGCUCUUUAUUCUUGCUUUCUUUUUCUUUGCUUCUGUCUUUCCACCUGAUCAGCUGCACCACAGCAUGCCUCAAUGUUUGCCAGCAACACCAGCAGAAGCAUUAUGGAAGUAAAAGAGCGACGUCCAUACUGCUCACUGACCAAGGGCCACAAGGACAAGGAGGGGCCGUACCCUGGUUCUUCAGGGGACAGUGAAGACUGUGCCAUUGUUCCACACGGCCUGCGAGUCCCGACUCAAAAGUCUUACUCAUCUAGUGAAACCCUCAAGGCCUUUGACCAGCACCAAGACCAGACCAGGUUACUUUAUGGGACUACAAAAGGACACAAGGACAUGGUUCGUCGUGAGCAAGAUGAUUAUAACAUAGAUGGUCAAAAUUUCAGUCUUCGUCAGCUGGGCAUCUGUGAGCCAUCUUCACGUCAUGGCCUGGUAUUCUGCUCCGAGAUGGGCCUACCCCACCAUGGUUUCUCUGUGACCACAACCCAGGACCUGGACGUGGACGCCCAGGCUGUGAUGUCACCAGAUCGAGCCAUGAACUUGUGGGGCCGUGGGGGUUUGGGCAAGUCGUCUGAGAGGAGUUCCUGUCUGUCCAGCCGCUCCAACUCGGUACUGACUCUCACCGAUACCGAGCAUGAGAACAAGUCCGACAGUGACAAUGGUUCCCCCAUGCCCUCUCCCUCCUGUCCAUCAUCUGUCAUUGACCAAAUACAUCCACAAUCAUCCCGUCUGCAUGACAACCAAGCGUUAAGUGACACAGCUGAGCCCGAGGAAGAGGAAGAGGAGGAGGAAGAGGAGGAGCAGGUGGAUUAUAGAAGCCGAUUGUACUUACCGGUAAACCAUGAACAACCAUCCAAUCACCACAGCUCCACUCUGCCUCCUGUGCCCCCCCCACAUCGUCAGCGACCCUCGGUAACGGCUCUCAACCAAUCCCUGGGCUCCGCACAUCACGCUGGCCAAUCUCUGAAUUCGACGCGGCAGCUAACUCCUCCUACUGGAAACCCGGCCGCCGUGGCCGGCCAAUCACCUGCCGAGCUGCAGACCACACCCCCGGAGAGCGUCCCGCUGCAAGACAGCUGGGUGCUGGGUAGCAAUGUGCCUCUGGAAACAAGGCACUUCCUUUUUAAGACAGGAACCGGUACCACCCCCCUCUUCUCCACAGCAACACCUGGCUACACGAUGGCGACGGGCUCAGUGUACUCGCCUCCGACCAGACCGUUGCCACGAAACACUCUGUCCCGCUCUGCUUUCAAGUUUAAGAAAUCCUCCAAGUAUUGCUCAUGGAGGUGUACAGCCCUCAGUGCAGUAGGAUUGUCUUUGCUGCUGUCGGUCCUGCUGUGUUACUGCAUCGCGAUGCACCUGUUUGGUCUCAACUGGCAGCUCCAGGACAACGAUGGAUACGGUGCAUUUGAAAAUGGAGGUAUCGGAAGAGACACGACCCCCAACACCUUCAUGGUGUCCACAGACAACGCUAAAAUGUUUUUCCUAGAGAACAACACCAUCGACACAGGAGGGGUGGAUGUGGGUCGACAAGCCAUACAAGACGUCCCACCAGGUGUGUUUUGGAGAUCUCAGUUAUAUGUUGAUCAAGCACUCUUCCUGAAAUUCAACAUUUCAGUCCAUAAAGACGCGCUGGUUGGAGUGUAUGGACGCAAAGGGUUGCCACCCUCACACACACAGUAUGACUUUGUGGAGCUGCUGGAUGGAAGUCGUCUCAUUUCCAAACGGUCCCUCAGUGACGUGGACGUGCCGCACGUACUCUUCCUCGGUGGUUUUGAAAAGGACUCGUUGGGAGAGGUGCGUCACAAACGUUCACUGAACGUGCACGAGGCUGGCUUCAUUCAGUACCUGGACACGGGCAUUUGGCAUCUGGCCUUUUACAACGACGGACGCAAUCCAGAACAAGUGGCCUUCAGUACUGUCAUCAUUGAGUCGAUUAUGGAGUGCCCCCAGAACUGUCACGGAAAUGGAGAUUGCCUCUCAGGAAUAUGUCAUUGUUUUCCUGGAUUCCUGGGACCUGACUGCUCUCGAGCUUCCUGCCCUGUGCUGUGCAGCGGGAAUGGCCAGUAUUCCCGUGGGCGCUGCCAGUGUUACAGCGGGUGGAAAGGCACGGAGUGUGAUGUGCCCGCCAACCAGUGUGUGGACAUCCAUUGUGGAGGACACGGCAUUUGCAUCAUGGGCGCCUGUAUAUGCAACACUGGGUAUAAGGGAGACAACUGUGAGGAAGUGGAUUGCAUAGACCCCAGCUGUUCGGCCCACGGAGUGUGUAUCCACGGCGAGUGUCACUGUCAGCCCGGCUGGGGUGGAGCCAGCUGUGAGAUUGCCAAGGCCAUGUGUCCGGACCAGUGUUCCGGCCAUGGCACAUUUAAUGGAGAGACCGGUGCCUGUACCUGCGACCGGAACUGGACUGGGCCGGACUGUUCCUUAGAGGUCUGUGAAGUGGACUGCGGUAACCAUGGAGUCUGUUACGGUGGUCUGUGUCGAUGCGAGGAGGGUUGGACUGGAACCGUGUGCGACCAGAAGGCCUGCCAUCCAAUGUGUAGCAAGAACGGUGUGUGUAAGGAGGGCAAGUGUGAGUGUGACCAAGGAUGGACUGGGGAGCAUUGCAAUAUUGCUCACAAUCCGGAUAUUAGAGUAAAAGAGGGCUGUCCGGGCCUCUGCAACAACAAUGGACGAUGCACCCUGGAGCCCAGUGGCUGGCACUGUGUCUGCCAGUCGGGAUGGAGAGGAGCCGGAUGUCACGUAGCCAUGGAAACGCUGUGCACUGAUGGCAAAGACAACGAAGGAGAUGGCUUGACCGAUUGUAUGGAUCCAGACUGCUGUCUGCAGCUCUCCUGUCAGAACCAGUUGUACUGUAAAGGCUCUCCUGACCCGGUGGAAGUACUUAGCCAGUCUCCAUCCUCGCUGGCUCCUCAGCAGGCUGCCAGGUCAUUUUACCAGCGUAUACAUUUCUUACUUGGCCCUGGAUCCACUCAUGUCAUCCCAGCAGAGAGUCCAUUCAAUAAAAGCUUGGUGUCAAUAAUCCGGGGCCAGGUUUUGACCGCAGAUGGAACGCCUCUGAUUGGAGUCAAUGUGUCGUUUGUUCACUACCCUGAACAUGGACACACUGUUACACGCAAAGAUGGCAUGUUUGAUUUGUUGGCCAACGGUGGAGCCUCCCUUACAUUGAGCUUUGAACGUUCCCCGUUCAUGACCCAGUACAGAACCGUGUGGGUGCCUUGGAAUGUCUUUUACGUGAUGGACACACUGGCUAUGAAGAAGGAGGAGAAUGACAUCCCAAGCUGUGACCUGAGCGGUUUCAUCAGACCCAGCCCUGUUAUUGUCACACCCCCUUUGUCUAUGUUCUUCAGAAGUUCACCUGAGGAUGGGCCCAUCAUACCUGAAACACAAGUUUUACAAGAGGAAACCUCAAUACCGGGCAGUGAUCUCAACCUGAUCUACCUGAGCUCAAGAGCUGCAGGAUACAAACCGGUUCUCAAAGUCACCAUGACACAGUCUUCAGUACCUUUCAACCUGAUGAAGGUUCACCUUAUGGUUGCGGUCGUAGGACGUCUUUUCCAGAAAUGGUUCCCGGCCCAGCCAAAUCUUUCUUACACUUUCAUCUGGGACAAGACAGACGCUUUUGGCCAACGUGUUUAUGGCCUAUCAGAGGCAGUCGUGUCCGUGGGCUUUGAAUACGAGUCCUGCCUGGACCUGAUCCUGUGGGAGAAGAGAACGGCGGUGUUACAAGGCUAUGAGAUGGACGCCUCCAACAUGGGAGGAUGGACCCUGGAUAAGCAUCACAUUCUGGAUGUGCAAAACGGCAUCCUGUACAAAGGCAAUGGAGAGAACGUAUUUGUUUCCCAACAGCCGCCUGUCAUCAGCAGCAUCAUGGGUAAUGGCCGCCGCCGUAGCAUCUCCUGCCCGAGCUGCAAUGGGCAAGCAGAGGGCAACAAGCUGCUGGCACCGCUGGCUCUAGCCUGUGGAGCAGAUGGCAGCGUGUACGUUGGAGACUUUAACUACAUCAGGAGGAUCUUCCCUUCCGGGAACGUAACCAGUGUGAUGGAGCUCAGAAACAAAGAUUUCAGACAUAGCAACAAUCCUGCCCACCGAUACUAUCUGGCCACUGAUCCAGUGACAGGUCAGCUUUAUGUGUCCGACACCAACUCUCGACGGAUCUACAGACCCAAGAACCUCAGCGGGGCACGGGACCUUAUCAGUAACGGGGAAGUCGUGGCAGGUACUGGUGAACAAUGCCCCCCCUUUGAUGAAGCGCGGUGUGGAGAUGGAAAAAAAGCGACAGAAGCUCAGUUGUUGGGACCUAAAGGGAUUGCAGUUGACAAGAAUGGUUUGAUCUACUUUGUGGAUGGGACAAUGAUCAGGAAAGUGGAUCGCAACGGAAUCAUAUCUACAGUUCUUGGAAGCAAUGACCUGACGUCUGCACGACCUCUCACCUGUGAUACCAGCAUGCACAUAAGACAGGUUCGCUUGGAAUGGCCCACUGAUCUCGCAAUCAGUCCCAUGGAUAACUCCAUUUAUGUUUUGGAUAACAAUGUUGUGCUGCAGAUCACUGAAAACAGACAGGUUCGAAUUGUGGCAGGUCGUCCCAUGCACUGCCAAGUCCCGGGUAUUGAAUAUACAGUCGGUAAGAGAGCGGUCCAGACCAUGUUAGAGGGAGCAACGGCCAUCGCUUUGUCCUACAACGGUAUUCUCUACAUCGCUGAGACAGACGAGAAAAAAAUACACCGCAUUCGACAGGUGUCGACUGACGGGGAAAUGACUUACCUCGCCGGAGCACCAUCUGAUUGUGAUUGCAAGAAUGACGCCAACUGUGAUUGCUACCAAAGUGGAGACGGUUAUGCAAAAGACGCAAGACUUAAUUGUCCGUCCUCCUUGGUGGUGUCCCCGGAUGGGACGUUGUAUGUGGCUGAUUUAGGGAACAUUCGCAUUCGAGCGAUACGACGCAACCAACCGCCUACUGGCUCUUUGGCAUCAGGACCCAGCUCCUAUGAAGUGGCCUCUCCAGCCUCCCAGGAGCUCUACGUGUUUGACUUGAAUGGAACUCAUCAGUUCACAAUAUCCCUGGUCACUGGAGACUAUAAAUACAAUUUUAGCUACAGCAAUGAAGAGGAUUUAACAGCGGUGACUGACAGCAACGGCAACACCCUCCGUAUCCGUAGAGAUACCAAUAGGAUGCCCGUGCGUGUGGUCGCCCCGGACAAUCAGGUCAUCUGGCUGACCAUCGGAACAAAUGGGGGUCUGAAGUCUCUCACAGCUCAGGGUCAAGAGCUGGUUUUGUUUAGUUACCAUGGCAACAGUGGCUUACUUGCGACCAAGAGCAUCCAAAUUGGCUGGACGACUUUUUAUGACUAUGACAACGAGGGUCGUUUGACUAAUGUUACCUUCCCCACUGGCGUGGUUACCAAUCUCCAUGGCGACAUGUCAUCAGGAGCCGUUGCUGUGGAUAUUGAGACGUCAGGGAGAGAUGAGGAUGUUUCCAUAACGACCAACCUGUCCUCAGUAGACUCGUUCUACACUUUGGUGCAGGAUCAACUACGUAACAGCUACCAAGUGGGAAAAGACCAUUCUCUUCGAGUCAUCUAUGCCAAUGGGAUGGAUACACACUAUCAGACAGAGCCUCAUAUUCUGGCAGGUGCCGCCAACCCGACUAUUGCACGACGGAACAUGACUCUUCCAGGGGAGAACGGACAAAAUCUGGUGGAAUGGCGUUUCAGGAAGGAACAGACACGAGGAAAAGUCAUAGUAUUUGGAAGAAAGCUUAGGGUCAAUGGGAGAAACCUUUUGUCUGUAGAUUAUGACCGUACGCUACGAACAGAGAAAAUCUACGACGAUCACAGGAAGUUUCAGCUGAAGAUCAUUUACGACACACAAGGCCAUCCAACGCUGUGGGUCCCAAGCAGCAAGCUACUUUCUGUUAACCUGACAUACUCCAGCACGGGCCAGGUGACUGGUCUGCAGAGGGGUCCAACCACAGAGAAGUGGGAGUACGACAGUCAGGGAAGAAUUACUUCCAGAGUAUUUUCUGACGGAAAAACAUGGAGCUACACCUACUUGGAUAAGUCCAUGGUCUUACUGCUGCACAGCCAGCACCAGUACAUUUUCGAUUACGACUCCGGGGACCGCCUGUCAGCCGUCACGAUGCCGAGCGUGGCUCGACAUACCAUGCAGACCAUCAGAUCCAUCGGCUACUACAGAAAUAUCUACACCCCCCCUGAGAGCAACGCCUCAGUUACUGUGGACUACUCUGAAGAUGGACAGCUUCUCAGAGUUGCACAUCUUGGGACCGGACGUCGUAUAUUGUACAAUUACCGCAGACAGAACAAGCUGGCGGAGAUCCUGUAUGAUUCAACGCGGGUCAGCUUCACAUAUGAUGAGACUGCUGGCGUGCUGAAGACUGUCAACUUGCAGAGUGAAGGCUUCAUCUGCUCAAUCCGCUACCGGCAAAUCGGCCCGCUGGUUGACCGACAGAUAUUCCGCUUCAGCGAGGAUGGGAUGGUGAACGCACGUUUCGACUACACCUACGACAACAGCUUCAGAGUCACCAGCAUGCAGGCUGUCAUCAACGAGACGCCGCUGCCAAUCGACCUCUACCAGUUUGAUGACAUCUCAGGGAAGGUCGAGCAGUUUGGAAAGUUUGGCGUCAUCUACUACGAUAUCAACCAAAUCAUUUCCACAGCCGUUAUGACCUACACCAAACACUUUGACCAGCAUGGUCGCAUUAAGGAGAUUCAGUAUGAGAUCUUUAGGUCUCUGAUGUACUGGAUUACCAUCCAGUACGACACCAUGGGCAGAGUCACCAAGCGUGAGAUUAAAAUCGGACCAUUUGCCAACACGACUAAAUACGGCUAUGAGUAUGAUGUUGAUGGACAGUUGCAGACGGUCUCCCUCAAUGAGAAGAUGAUGUGGAGGUAUAAUUAUGACCUCAAUGGGAACUUACAUCUGCUGAAUCCUGGAAACAGUGGUCGGUUGACGCCUCUUCGUUACGACCUCAGAGACAGAAUCACACGUUUGGGAGACGUUCAGUACAAACUGGAUGAAGACGGUUUUCUCAGACAGCGAGGGGCAGAAAUAUUUGAGUACAACUCCAAAGGUCUUCUCGUUCGGGUCUACAGUAAAUCCUCCAGCUGGACCAUCCAGUACCGUUAUGACGGUCUGGGUAGACGGGUGGCGGCUAGGAACAGCCUGGGCCAACAUCUGCAGUUCUUCUACGCUGACUUGAACUACCCCACCAGGAUUACCCACGUUUACAACCACUCCAGCUCAGAAAUCACAUCAUUUUACUACGACUUGCAGGGUCAUGUUUUUGCGAUGGAAAUCAGCAGUGGAGAGGAGUUUUACAUUGCAUGUGAUAACACCGGAACCCCACUGGCUGUUUUCAGCAACAACGGGCUUUUACUUAAGCAGGUGCAGUACACGGCAUACGGCGAGAUUUAUUUUGAUUCAAACCCAGACUUUGUGCUGGUAAUUGGUUUCCACGGAGGGCUGUAUGAUCCUCUGACACGACUGCUGCAUUUUGGGGACAGAGACUAUGACAUCCCCGCCGGAAGGUGGACAACUCCUGACAUCAGCACGUGGACAAGGGUCGGUAAAGACCCUCAGCCUUUCAAUCUCUACAUGUUCCGGGGCAACAACCCCAUCAGCAAGAUCCAUCAAGUCAAAGAAUAUGUGACAGAUGUUAACAUCUGGUUGGUCACAUUUGGAUUCCAUCUGCACAACGCCAUCCCAGGAUUCCCUAUUCCCAAAUUUGACUUGACACAGCCGUCGUUGGAGAUGAAAAAAAGUCAGCUGUGGGAUGACCUGCCUUCCAUCUCAGGUGUCCAGCAGGAAGUGACUCGCCAGUGUCGGGCCUUCCUGUCCUUCGAGCGGAUGCCUGAAAUCCAGCUCAGCCGCCGCUAUUCAGACCACGCUAAGCCUUGGCUUUGGUUCGCCACCAUCAAGUCGCUCAUCGGGAAAGGAGUGAUGCUUGCCGUGAUUCAAGGCCGCGUGGUGACCAACGCUCUCAACAUCGCCAAUGAGGACUGCAUCAAAGUGGCGGCGGUUUUAAACAAUGCCUUCUACCUGGAAGGCCUGCAUUUUACAGUGGAGGGACGGGACACGCACUACUUCAUCAAGACCAGCCUGCCCGAGAACGAUCUCAGCGCUCUGCGUCUAACCUCGGGACGUAAAUCGCUGGAAAACGGCGUGAAUGUCACAGUGUCGCAGUCUACCACGGUGAUGAACGGCCGAACGCGGCGCUUCGCUGACGUGGAGCUGCAGUACGGCACCCUGGCGCUCCACGUGCGUUACGGGACGACGCUGGACGAGGAGAAAGCACGAGUCCUGGAGCACGCCAGACAGAGGGCGUUGACAAGCGCCUGGACCCGCGAGCAGCAGCGGGUGCGAGACGGCGAGGAGGGCGUGCGGCUGUGGACCGAGGGGGAGAAAAGACAGCUGCUGAGCAGCGGCAAGGUGGCGGGCUACGACGGAUAUUACGUCUUGUCCAUCGAACAGUACCCUCAGCUGGCUGACAGCGCCAACAACAUUCAGUUCCUGCGGCAGAGCGAGAUAGGACGGAGGUAACGGCAUCAGCAAAGGGACUGUCAGACGCUCCAAAAAGACGCUAAAUGGAUGUCGCUGACUCAGCUGUAUUCCGAGUCAAAGGUGUUCACGGAAGAACACACUAAUGUAUUUUUCUCCGAGGAUGAUCGACAAAGAUAACAAAUAACAAAGAUAAGGAAACAAUCAGGAAAAAUACGACAAAUCCAGAUGUGAUUUCAAACAUAAGCCAACAAAACGUUGUCAGUUGAGCAAUGCCUUUUUCUUUCUUUCUUACUUUUUCUCUCCUUCUUACAUUCUUUCUACCAGCCUUUAAACAGCACGCAUGCCUGCCCCCCCCCCAAACCUGAAUGCUGGAUGUCAUGCUGUCAAGCUGUGAUACGGUGGGAUGUAAAAAGGAGCGUUUGAGCAGACGCCAUCACGACUGGAAGAGUCGCCAAGCAUUUGUGGCAGUUCUAAAAAAACUGUCUGAACGUUGAACCAAACACGUCGGAGGAUCCCUACCAGAUGUCGCCAGUAUCCAUCAAGCGUGGGUCCCGGAUGUACGUCGAUGUGGAUCUUUUGUUUCCAUGGCUGAAGCCAUCGAAUGGAACUGUUGUGGACUCUCUCCAAGAGAGACAAGCACAAAAAAGAACAAUGAUUAGUACAAAGUUCUAAAAAAAAAAAAGUUCAGUUUGAAUAUUUUUGUUUUGUUUUAUAUGAAAACAUUGCAUCGCAUUUGCUUUGGGAAACAAAGGGGUUAUAAAAAUAAAGAAAAAAAGUGUUUACAUACUAUAACAGAUACCACUAGAACUACGAUCACCACCGGAAUGGACUGCGAGCUUAACCUCUUCGACCGUCGGCCAUUUUUCCAACAAAGGACAUAUCCUAAAGAAGCAUUUUUGUGUGCAUCUACAAGGUCUACAUCAGGGGUCUCAAAGUCCACUUACCUGGAGGCCGCUAAAGGUCCAAUCAUGUAUUCCACAAAAAGGGUAACCCUGCGGGUUGGGAAUGAGGUCCUGCCCCAGGCGGUGGAGUUCAAGUCUUGUUCACGAGUGAGGGAAGGUUAGAGCGUGAGAUCGGUGCAGCGGUCGCUGUACCAGACCCCCCCGCCCCCGUUGGUGAAGAGAGAACUGAACCGCAAGUCAGGUUCUAGGUUCCAAUUCUCACUUGUGGUCAUGGACUUUGGGUCAUGACCACGAGAACAAGAUCGCGGAUGAACUCCGUAGGGUGGCUGCACUCAGGGUGAGGAGUCUAGUCCAGAUUCCUCCCUGAUGAGGUGUUCUGGGCAUGCCCAGUCGGGAUAAGACACCGGAGCAGACCUAGAAAAAGUUGUAGGGAUCAUGUCUCACAGCUGGCCCAGGAAUGCCUCGGUGUUCUCCCGGUGGAAUUGGAAAACGUAGUCGGGAAGUCUGGACUUCCUUACUGAUACCGCUGCCUCCGCAACCCGGACCCAGAUAAGCGGAAGAAAAUGGGUGGAUUGGAUUCCUCCCCAAAAGGUACAACAGAUCCAAUCUUCUCAAGGUUUCUUAACAACACAUAAGAUCAUGAACGGUUCUUCAGAACAUGUGGGCCAUGAGUUUGAGACCCCUGAUGUCCAUGACUGAUGUGGGAAUGAAAGUAAAAUGGAGACUUGGUUAUGGUAAUUGUAGAUGUGACAAUGUACAUAUCUUUGGAUCUACUAUCUACUGGAUGAGAGUAAAUGAAGCUGCUUGUUCGGUGACUUUUAGCGGUAGAGGACUGAGACUUGUACCGUCGGAACGGCUAAGUGUUAGCUUAAAAACGGUCACACGUGUGUUUUGUUUUCUGCAAAUAUUCCCGACAUACGCGGUUCUCUGCCUGUUUGCUUGUUUUCCAUGUUCCCGCUGAAGUGCUUGUCGUUUGAAUUGUCUUUUGUUUCCCGAAAAUCAGUUACGUUGGGCUUUAAGCUGACGUUGUUCUACUUAGGUGGAUGUUGAGCAGUUACCAUAGCAACACAGACGCAAUCCAGCAACCCCCUCCGGUACUGCGGUUUCUGCGCUUUUGAAAGCUUAAUCAAACAAAAAGCAGUCAUAUUUUGUUUCUUGGUUAGUGAUAUAUAUUAUCUGUUUUGGUUAGUUCAUGUAACUCCUCAUUGUGCAUCAACAGCUCCAUGGAAGAAGGUAGCUUAGUGCCAUGGCUGCUCGCUCUGGUUCUCUGUGGAUGGACUCUUUUGUGGGCCCAGUUGGCUCAGCGGUCCACACUGAACCCUCUUCAGGAAGAGUACAAUUCUGCAACAUGUGACUCAUAAUGGUCUCAUAAUGCAUAGAAUGUGUGCUUUUUAUCGGUCAAAGUUGGUAGUAUUGCUUGCAAUAGAAACAUGUCGUCUUUGCUUUUCUGGGGAGUGCGGGCGGGAGGGAGGGGGGGGGUUGCGAGUCGUAACCAAUGGUUGCUUCUCGCUACGUUUUUGAUGAUUUCUCUUUAAGAGGACAGUGUAUCGCCAUCAGUGACUUUGGUGAGUAACAAUAAUCAAUGAAGAAUCGUGUGGAUGUUUUGCCAUUGACUGUGGGUCUCUGUACUCUUAGAAAGGGUUUGGUGUGUUUCCAAGAGUGGGAAUGCAAUCUGAAUUAUUUUUAAAGAAACUUAUCAGAGUGUUACUGUAACAUCAUAUGCCACUAUUUUUUUUUUUUUUUUCAGAAGCAAGAUAAAUUGAUGGUGUGUUUAUGGAUUUAUCGUCUUUAUUUCAAAAGGUUGACAAACUCCACUCUUAUCUGUACAACAAAUACUAGACUACUAGUGUUUCUACAGUAAACAAUAAAAUCCUUGAAAUGUCUCCUGUGUCAUCUGGGGUUUUAUUACAACUCAAUGUCUUGGUUAUUUAUUCUGCUAUUGUUAGAGCAGUAAAAUCAAUAUGAAGAUUUACCUCUUUUGGACGUGUCGAUCCAUCCAUUUUCUUCCACUUAUCCGGGUCAGGAUCAUCAGGGCGGCGGUCUCAGGAGGGAAGCAGAGACUUCUCCUUUCCGGCCACCUGCUCCACAUCCACCGGUGGGAACACUUGGGCAUUCCCAGGCCAGCUGAGACAUAAUUCCUCCAGCGUGUCCUAGAUCUACUCGGGUCUCACAGACCACAGAGUAUUUUCCCAAAAAUUGAGAAAAGCUUUAAUGUUUUUUUUGAACGUUUUUCUCCGUGUCUUUCUUAUGGUGGAGUCAUGAACACUGACCUUAACUGAGGCCUGCAGUUCUUUGGAUGUUGCUGCGGAGUCUUUCGUCAGUGACCUCUUGGAUGAGUCGUCGCCGCGCUCUUGAGGCCACUCCUAGGAAGGUUCGUCACCGUUCCAUGUUUUCGCCAUUUGUGGAUAAUGGCUCUCACUGUGGUUGGCUGGAGUCCCAAAGCUUUACAAACGGCUCUAUAAGCUUUUUCCACACUGAUAGAUCUCAAUUAAUCGCAGUUAGAUUUUAAUGGAGGGCAAUCAGCUGGAACUGUCCGUGCUACACCCCCACAUUGAGACGUCAAUA